AGCAGGUGAAGGUGGUCGACGUGGUAACGACGACGCGGUUCGCCACGCAUGUUACGCAACGUGUGACGCGACCGAUGCACCGUCGGUCGUCUUGAGCGUCUUUUUUAACCGUCGCGUGGCAGAGAGAUCUUGCGGGGACGCCCGCUCGUCCGACCGACCGCGAUGACGAUGCAUCGCCCCCGCGUGAUGCGACGGAGGUUAUGACGGCCGUGACGGCGUGAUCUCGUGGAGAGACGAUCGUUCCGCGCGGGAACACAAAUGAUUGUCGGUCGAGAACGUACGACGUCCCCCAUACAUGUUCGUUCGACGACGGUGCCCGACCGACGUUAACGGAACGUCGCGAUUCGACGCUGCUUCGACGCGCGUUCCCUCCUCGCGAGCGUGGUGCGCGGAGAGCGGAUCGACGAGAGUGGUGCGGCUGCGGCGAGAAGUUUGCGGCGAGUCGUCGCGCGAUUCGUCCCAACCGUUCUGGUACUAUUCCAGGUUCUACCCCCCGUUCCGGCGUGCUAUCAACCGAACGGAAUCGACGGGGAGAGACUCUCGAGGCCCCUCGACGGGCCACCCGUUGGACGCGCGUGUCCUCGCGCGACGUCGCGCUCGUCGUGUCGCAUCGCAUCCGUGUUGCGUCACUCGCGCCCACGGCGCCAUUUUCCAUCGGCCAAGAACGAGCGACGUGACGGUAGCUGGUGGCGGCGGCGGUGGCGGCGGCAAGACGUGACUUGAGCGCGUGCACCGGAGUGCCGUUCGUACAUACUUGGUCCCUCCUCGCCCCCCCGACCUCCGGGUCGUCCGGCGGCCACGCGUCAAGAGUUCGCCCGUCAAGAGUGCGCAUCGUUUACGAUCUAAACGGAGGCGGAUUGUGUGUACAUAUAAAUGGCGGCGGACGAGCGAUGGUACUUCUCCAGAGAGCAGCUAGCAAACACGCCGAGCAGGCGGGCCGGCAUCGACGCGGACAAGGAGCUGAGUUACCGUCAACAGGCGGCGAACUUCAUCCAGGACAUGGGACAACGUCUCGUGGUGUCACAAUUGUGCAUCAACACUGCCAUAGUGUACAUGCACAGAUUCUACGUGUUCCAUUCGCUGACGCAGUUUCACAGGAACGCUAUUGCAGUAGCGGCGCUCUUUCUAGCUGCAAAAGUGGAAGAACAACCAAGGAAAUUAGAACAUGUUAUCAAAAUGGCAUAUAUGUGUCUCCACAGAGACCAACCACCACCUGACAGUCGGUCUGAGCAAUUUCUCGAGCAAGCGCAAGAUUUGGUAUUCAACGAGAAUGUCCUCCUACAAACAUUAGGAUUCGAUGUUGCCAUUGAUCAUCCACACACUCACGUUGUUAGAUGUUGUCAACUAGUAAAAGGUACAGCGAGCAAAGAUUUAGCUCAAACCUCAUACUUUAUGGCAUCUAACAGCCUACAUUUAACUACAAUGUGUCUACAAUAUAAGCCGACAGUUGUAGCCUGUUUUUGCAUACACCUCGCAUGUAAAUGGUCUAACUGGGAGGUGAGAAAACUUAUAUCCCCCGAACAAGCGCGCAAGUUGCUGCAGACUGCUGAUAUACCGCAGAGUACCGAAGGAAAAGAAUGGUUCUGGUACGUAGACAGAAGCGUAACUGCGGAGCUACUUCAAGAACUUACAAAUGAAUUUCUUCAUAUAUUCGAUAAAUGUCCAUCGAGAUUAAAAAGGAAAAUUAUGAGCAUUUCCGCUAAUCAGAGUCCAAAUAUUCAUCCUCCGAGCCUCCCGAACUCGCCAUUCGAUACCGAGCCGCGUAGAAUACAAUCUCCAGCAUUGGAUGGUGCGGCUGCCAUUGUUGCUCAGUUGAGUCGCGCUCAUCAUGCAGUGGAAAGUGCCGCUGCCGCCCAUUCGAGCCGCUCUCAUCACGCGGUGGACGGUGUCGCCGCUGCUCAUUCGAGCCGCUCUCAUCACGCAGCGGAAGGCACUGCUGGUGCUCCCGCUGCCGCCGCUGCCCAUUCGAGCCGCACUCAUCACGCGGCCGAUGGUACCUCUUCUACCUCCUCUACCGCUGUUACUACCCACUCGAGUCGGUCUCAUCAUACGACAGACGGCGCCGUUGCUCAUUCGAGUCGGUCUCAUCAUGGACAGCAGGAGAAACAGGAUGAGAAGAAAACCAUCGCAGGACCAUCGACGAGAGCAACUGCGAUAGAUUACCGAGAAUAUCGCGAGAAGAAGGAGCGAGAGCGUCUGGAACGAGAGAAGGCAGUCGCCGCUAUCGGAUGCCAUGUCGCUGAUCCUAACAAGCCUCAUCAUUCACAUCACCAUAAACAAGUAUCUAACGCAAGUAUGUCGAACAAGCACCAGAUGCCAUCUGUGCAAAAGGGUACUGGCCUUCAUCACAAUCAUCAUCAUCGGCCGGACAUGAAAGUCGGUCAACCAGUGCCGCAGAGACACUCCGGUAGCAGUCAACCUAAUCGCGAUCCUAAUAGACAACGAUUGCCGAGAGAACACAGUGCCGGUAUGGCUGGCACAAGUGCUGGUAUAGCACAUUCCUCGCACCACGCCAAUUUAGAUAGUUCCUCGUCCGAAUCUAUAGCUCAUAGGUCGGACAGUGGUGCUGUGCAAGAUACCGCAUCCUCGGUGCACGGUAGUUUGCAUGAAAAGAUGAGUAAUAAUCACAGCGGACAUAGACUGAACGCGCUCGAUAGCAAGCAUCAGGGGCACGAUAAGAGGUUGUACCGAGGAGAGGACCCGAGGCUCAAAUCUGCGAAAUACGCAGACGUUAACAGAAUGGAGGCUCAAUUGAGACGAAAAGCGGAGGCGCUGGAGCAGAGAAGUGAGGAGGUGCGGAAGCUGAUCGAGAAGCCGUUGCCGCCGCCGAAGCAGGCGGACAUACCGUAUCUGAUGAACGCGCAGCAGAAGCAGCAGGCGCAUCAUGCCAAGUACAAUCAGCAACAGCAGGACAAGGGCAGUUCAUUCACCGGUGAUAUGAAGCACCCAGCAACUGCCAGUCAGAACGCGCUGCCGCAGGGAACGUCUCCAAGCGCGUUGUUGUCGCAGAAGACCGCACCCGUUAAGACACAGAUGUACUGUCAGCAUACCGCGCAGGGUGUAUCCCAGAUCCUGAAAGACAUUGCUAUAAAAAAUGGCAAUUCCCAGUCUUGCUUGAGCACAUUGAACAACGAUGAUACGAAGUCGGAGAAGCGAUCGCGAUCGACCACGCACGAGGAAUUUGCCGAGAGGAAUUCCGUCGAUGUCCAACAGGGCAGUCUGCAUACACCACCUGGCAAGCACAGAUCGCUGUUCAGCCCGGAGACGCCGAUCGUGCCCAGAGAAUCGCACGCUCAAAGCGCAAGGCCUAAAUCGAAACAGAAAACUCCACCCUCCGCAGCCACGAAGAUGAAGGAACGCGUAUCGCCAUUCGCGAGUUCUCCAACACUGCAAGAUUCGUUAACAAUGAAACGACCGUCCAACGAAGGAUCCGUGCAUAAGAGGACGCGUGCAUCGAGUAUCGGUGAGAGCGAGCAGCCGGUGAAGAUCAAGACGGAAAUCAAGACGGAAGAUACAACCAGUUUGGAGGCGAUGAAGAUGCUCGGCCGCGUGCCUGAUCUGAUCCAACCGAUACGCGACAAUCUGUCGUUGUCGAACAGCAGGAACAGCACAUCAUCCGUUAUUAAUGACUUGAAGCCACCGGAGCUUAUCAAACCAUUCGAAUCGGAUCAGUUUCGUUUCAACGCGAUGUCGCAGCACAAAGCCUUAUCGAUGAAUGUGAACGCACUGACUAACGGUAUGGACCUCAACGUGGUGAAACAAGAACUCCCGGAACAUCGUGUGAGAAGAGAACCUCUAGAGCAUUACGUAAAGAAGGAACCGUCGGGACACAGAGCCCCGGAACCAAUGCAUUCCCAAUCGCAGACAAAACUUGAAUACACGUCGCCGAUGAAAUCCGCGCAGAGUAUAAGCGCGUUGCUCCAGGAGACACUGCCGCCGAUGCCAUCGCUGUUGCAGGGACUGCAACAACCUAGCCAAUUACCUCUUCAGCAGGUGCACCAAGACCACUUGCAGCACCAGCAACAGCAUCAUCAGCUACAGUCCAUUCAGCAUUCGUUGAUGGAUCACCAAUUACCAGUGACGACUCAGUGUUUGUCGAUAGCGAGCGAUAAUUUCACACCGAUAGCUUCGACCGUCGAUAUCAGUGUUCUCUCCGACAAUGUGUCGAUGAUGCUGCCAAGCAACAGCAACAUGAUAGAAUUGACAGCGCCAACAGUCUCCACGGUAACGACUGUUCCUCCGAUCGAGGAAAAGCGGUCGGAGCAUCAUAAGAGCGAAAAGAAGAAAAAGAAGGAGAAGCACAAGCACAAAGAUAAGGAGAAGAGCAAAGAUAAGCAUAAACAUAAACACAAGGAUAAAGUUAAGGAGAAACAUCGUGAGAAAAAAGACAAGGAAAAAAGCGAGGAGACGCCAACGGCGGCGCCCAUCAAAAUUACGAUCCCCAAGGACAAACUGAACCUGAGCACGGAAGCGUCAUCGACCGUGGUCGGCGGAGGUCCGUUGGACAAAAAUAUAUCACCUCAGAGCACGGGCCUGAAGAUCAAGAUACCCAAGGAAAGGCUCAAGGGCACCGAUAGUGUGCCCAGUUCAUCACCCGCGCAGCCAAUGAUCCAGGGUCCGCUAAAGAUCAAAAUCCGCACCGAUCUUGGUAUCUCAAGGAGUUCCGCGGCGGCGCCGCUGCCAUCGUCGACGUCAUCGUCGUCGAACGGCUCUAGCGGAUCUUUGCACAUGCAGCUCUCCUCUGAAUUAUCCGCGAACGAAAUGACAAGUCGGAAGCGCGAGCGAGCCGACCUGAUCGGCGACAGCUCGGGCAGCAGUGGCGUCCCGCUCACAAAGAAGCAAGCGCUGAUGUUACCUACGACGGGUGGCUACGGCCAGGGCCACCGACCUGGAGAACGGCAGAACGGCAGGCACUAUAACUCCGGCAGCAAUAAUAAGGAAAGACACGCGUCCAGCCAUCACAAAAGCUCCAGCAAGCAGCUGCCGCAGUCUCAACAGUCCCAUGCGACGUAGUAUGGCUAUUUGGAAAAUGAUUGGUGGAAGUACUCUUAAAGGAUCCUUUUCUCGAUCGGUCCAUUCUGGAAGAGGAAAGGUCAAAUGGAGAGAUACCGCUGUAUAUAUGUUGUUGUAUGUCUUAAGAUAUCGUCCGAGAUACAUAACAAUUCGAAUAUGUUCUGAGAUAUAUUCUGAGAAAUAUCUGUGAAAUAUAUCAGGACAUAUUUGAUUUACCUGUAUGCCGUUUACCUCGUAUAUUGAUUGCCUUGAUAAGGAUCAUCUCUUUACUCGCUUGGUUUUCUUCCUCAUUCUCGUCUUGUCGUUCUCUCUCUCCCUCUCUCUAAUUUUCUUUUUUUAGGGAUGAGUAAAAGUUUCCCACGUUGCAUAAUAUGGUGUUUCGCAUUAGCUUUUGACGAAGGCCGUUGUUUCAGUGAAAUACUAUAGAGUAGGAAAUGCAAAUGAGAGAGAGAAAAACAUGAUCUUACUCAGGUGAAUUGGAUGUGACUCAUUCCUGGUUGCUUGCGAAUUUUUCAUUCGCGUUUCUUCUAUUCAUUCAGCACACAUGCAAUUGAGUGAUAAUCCUUAAAUAGAGAUGAUCCUUGUUGACUCGUGAGACGAAUGCGGACGACGUUCCGCCGUCUGUGUCCUAAGUGAAAAUUAACGACGAAAUGCAUAAUGUACUGGCGCAUUUAAUGCGAUUAUAACGACUUAAUAACGACGCUGAUACGAUCUAACGCUCCGCUAUUUUUUACGCGAGUUCCCUCCCAACUUGUUUGUCACAACUGAAUCUCACGUCUCGAAGUUAUUUUUAUUUCAUUUUAUUUUAGCUUAUCUACGUCCCCUUUUAUAUUCCAAGUGAUUGAUAAUUGAUAGCCUCUUACAGUUGAUAAUUUCCUAUGAGGGAGACAACUAAAUUGAUUGUAUCUGUUAGAUUGAAGAGAAUAUAGAAAAAGUGUUCUUUUAAUAAUUAACUCGCGCGAGUAACGAGGCGUUAAAUCGGAGAAAAGUUAAGCGGUUAACGUGCUGCUUUGCGAACAACGCGAGAAUGAGAUCUUCGUUGUUUCAGAGGAAAGAAAAGAGAGAGAGAGAAAAAGUAAAAAGAGAAGAGUAACUCUGCGAGGAAGCUUUGCAAAGAUAGAAUUCUGACAAAAAAGAAAGAAUUCUUUCUUUACACUAUUUCGCAGCCUUAGAUAUUUCACAAUUAUCCCGGCGUUCUUCGCUCGGAAGAACGUGAAUAUUCAUUCAUGUCGAAUAUAUUCUUGGCCUGUAAAUUGACCAUCGACAGGUUGGUUCGUUGCAGAGGAAAAUUUUGCAAAUUUGGGAUUUUAAUUUAAGUAGCUGCAUCCAAUGAAAUUUUUAAGUAGACUAUUAUUAACUGCCCGACUGUGCGAUUUGAUUUUCGGGUCGCUCUUUCGGGAUAUUAGUUAGACGAAAAAAAAAAUUGCGUUCUUGUAACAUAUUGGAUUUGCCGUAGCGUAAAAGAUACUCUAGAUUUUUUAAGUAGGGCUAUUCUGAGCGUGCAAGCUACUCUAGAUUUUUUAAGUAAAGUAGGGCUAUUAUGUUACUAUAACUAAGGAUCGUCUACGACAGGCCUGGUCAACUUCGAGCUGCGGGAGUCACGACACUUCUCCUUUUCCAUCCACGGAAAGUAGGGGGGAAGAGGUUCCUCCGGUUUCUCCUACUCUCUCCAUAGAUAGAAAGGGAGAAACGUCGUGGCUCCGAAGUUCAAAGUUGACCAGGCCUGGUCCACGGACUUCGAAUACGUUAUGCAUUUAACAAUGCCUUAUUUCCGGCUGUGUUUUAAUUGAUAUUUGUCCCCUUUGGAUUCUUUUCACGCGCAUCACGAUAGCGAUGCCGGCCCAUAGAGAAUACGCCCAUUCACAUAUUUCUCACGAUGACUCGACGAUUCUGAAAUCUUCCGGUUCCGAUGAUUCACCCCCAUCGAAAGUCAGUGUCACCGUUGCUCUUAUCUUGUUACCGAUUGUUCCGCGAGAUAAAUCCACGACCGAAUGUCUCUACAACGAAACGAUCGAUUCAGAUUUAAGAAGAAAGCAAAUUGACUCAUAAUACGCGACACACAUUCACACGCAUACAGACACACGUACAGUAAAAUACCUGCUCGACGAUACCCGAAUGGUAUUUAUAUUAUCGUCUUAUUACUGUGUAAAUAGUUUCCCUACCUGCAUAAUAAAGUAAGUAAACAUAAUAUGCUCUAUCGCGUAAUUUAGUAUAAAGGACUAUGAGGUAAUAUUGAUAUUGUAUCAACAGACUGUACAUAAAAUUAUUUUGUAAUGCCAAAAGAAACCAAAUGAGAGUAAGCUACUUCGAAGCACGGUGUUGCGCAUAGUUGAAUGCGUACGAGAGAAGAGCACGCGUAUAACGCACGUAUACACAGGCAGAAAACAUACAGACACAACAAAAUACACAUACACACGCGUGCGCGCAUCGGAUACCCAACCCUAGUUGUAAGAAGUAUGAUCGCGCCCAAUCACCCACGCGAAAUUAACACCUGUACAACGUUUCGUUCGACGAUACGCGCCAAUUAUAGUUGUACUUUGUUCGGCGGUACAUGACGCCGCGUAGGAUCAAAGUGUGUUCGCUCGGUCGACGAUCGUCUAAUCAUAUACUUUAUUUCUUCUUUUUUAUAUAUAUAUAUAAAUAACGAUCAACUUAAGUUAAGCCUAAGUUAAGUGUCAAUUAUGGUUAUGGAGUUAAGAAUUAGGAGUUGUCUGAGAAUAAGAGAAGGUCGAAAAAGAGAUUUAGAGAUCACUGGCUAUACGCGUAGCUAGGAUUUAAUUAACGAAAUUUGUACUGCGAGAGACGUAGAGGGACGUUGGAUUGAUUAGCGGUCUUGUUAUUUGAAUGUUCGAUCUAUCGUGAAAAGUGAGAUUCCCUUUACGUGAAUCGCAAUAGCACGUCUUGUUCCUCCGUUUCUUUUUUUUUUCGUAACGUGCAUGUAUUGCACAACGUAUACGCGGAGUGCGCAUAACAAAUCUAACGACGAUCGUACAAUGUAGGGCCGAAAUUACGCGUUGCAAUGUUUUUCGUUCGAUUGAGUUGCGAUCGAGUUAUCCGACGCGAUAAAAUUGCGAUGCCGAAUGUCUCUCAUGGUAGUAAUAUUUUUAAUUCUUAUUGUAGGAGAAAAAGAAAGAAAAAGAAAAAGAGAGGGUGGAGCGAGUCAAUUUUAUCGCGCCGAUGUGCAUUUUGGCGUAAUUGUCGAGCCUCGUAGCCGAGAAAGAAAGAGAACGGAAGGAGAAAAGAAAGUAAGAAAAAAUACUGAAAAAAGAGAUAAAAAUAGAUUUCGUUCAGCAGUCUUCUUUCGCUAAAAGCACUUUUUCAAAAGCUCGUCUCUCGGCUGCGCGGCGUAGGCGUUUAUUGCUAAUUCGUUUCGCCAUGUAAUUAGCGCAAUUAUAUUACGAGGGACAAUCAGAGCCGUUGAGCGGAGCAACAUCACAGCUAAAAACUAAUAUCCUUCUUUUUUUACGUAUUUACAACCUCGCGGUACUGCGUGCAAGAGGCAACGCGUAAUCAAGUGAUUAUCCUGAUGGAAACUUUUAGAUUUUAUUCGUUACGGAAAUCGCAAACAAGUCGCAACUGCGUGUCUUGCGUCAAGCAUUCCCGCUUCUUCUUUCUUUGUUUUAAAGUUAACGGAAAGGAAAAUGCUUUUUGAACGUAUUUUCAAAAUGUUAAUUAAUGUGUAAUCUAAUGAUUAGUGUAGGUCUGGUCAACUUCGAGUUUCCCUACCUUUCCCUCUCUUCGUGGAUGGAAAGGAAGAAGUGUGUCGUGUCUCUGGAGCUUCAAGUUGACCAGGCCUGGAUCAGUGCUCAGCAAACACCAAAUAACAUGUAACUUAUAAUUUCCUACUUAACAAUGUAAAUGCAAUGUAUUACUUGGUGUUUGCUGAGUGCUGUCCGAGAUUUGUAAUUCCGGGCAUUGGAUUUGAGAUGUGUUGGCGUUCUACCACCCUUUUUCUUAAUGAAGAUAGAAAUCAAUCGGCAUUUACGUUGCUCCUCUCAACGGCUCUAGUCCGGAAUCUUAAAGUAACGUCCGAACGAUCGUCGUCACGGUGGAAGGGAGGGAGAGAAGUAGCCUUCGUCGUUGUCGCGAUUAUCACGGGUGUGCGAUGCGCCGAUGAGAUGAGGCCCGUGUGCUGAUCGUGCUGGGAGGAACGGGCGACUAGUGAAAGUCGAUGGGAAUUGUGCCCACAAUGCUGUACAUAGUUACUUUAUCUGUAAGGACUUAGAGAAAUAACAGCCGACAUUUGCGCGACGAGAGACAAAGAGAGCGAAGUAGGGAGGAAGGAAGGAAGGAAGGAGGAAUGUAAAUUAUACCGCUCUCGCGUGAUCUUGUCCCCCGGUCGCGGCCCGGAGAAGCUUCUCCCUCGCGCUCGGCACGGUGCUGUCCCUCGUGGUCGCCGUUUUUUACACUCCGGAGGACCGUGGACUCUCGGAUCACGUUCCACACCGCUCGCAAACCGUUAUUUCGCGAAGCUCGACGAAAAACAUGAGAAACGUUAAGGCUGCCCCUGUGUGGGCGUUGAAGCCUCCUUCGAGUGGUUUCGUGGGGUUGUCUGGGCGUUUCCCCGUGGGGUGAUACCUCCGGUAUUUUCCCUGCGACGUCGAGUGGGAUGCGGGGCGCAUAGAGAAUAUAAUUAUUCCGGGCGGAAGACAAAUCCGUCUUAGUGGGGCGGGAGGAGGGUUCGCGCAAUUCCUGGAGUGAUUAAAUGGUGCGCCGCGAGACUCAUCUGCCAGCCGACGGGCUCGCCGUUCCGGUUCGCAUCUCUUUUAUUCCCCCCCUUUUUUUUAUUUAUUCUUGAACUUGCGUUACGUCUUUACGCGCGAAAACGCGCGCCGUGCCGUGCCUCGCGAAGUCGUUCCCUUGAAGUUGCCCGCGCGAAUCGGGCGCGGGCUGAAGCUGACGGCGCGACCGGGUACCCGGCUGAACCGAGCCGAGUUUUGCCUAGCUUAAAGGCGGCGUUCAAAAAAAAAGUUAUCCUUAAUAAAGGAGAGAAACGAACGAUCAUUAAAACCAACUGCCAAAGACUUUCUUUACCCUGUCCCUCCGUAGGCGUUUAAUUUCACGCCACUCGUGUUUAAUUCUAUAUCAUCAAUGGAGAUUAACUUUAAUUUCGGUUUAACUUAUUUUUUAUCUUAUACAGUUCUUUAGAACU